AUGAACCGGAUGAACUUCAAUUACUCGCUAAAGAAUAUCGGUUUGCCAAGUCGUACGCAAUAUCAACGGCGACUUAUUGAAAAAACGGAAAGCGUCAUUCAACGUAUGAGCUGGAAAGCACAUUUUUUCCUUGGAAAGCAGACGACAAAUUGCGAUGAGAAAUUUGGACUUCCAUCACCGAAUAAUGCGCCCAUGGUCACCCAAUUAAAAGAUUUCGAAGACGAU